AUGGUCAUGUUUCAAAAUAAAACUUAAGAAUCAAGAUCUGAACUGCGGCGGCUCAAUGAGGGAACAAUGUUCUGCCUGAAGCCAACAAGAAGGCGUAAGCAGAGACACACUGACACACAAGGUGACGUCUGUUCUAGCAGCUAUCAAACACGAGUCUGUUCUCCGGAGGACUCCCAGCCGGGCGCCCCCUGCUGGUCACUGAUCCAAACUCACUGACGCGCGCCGUCUUCAGGCUGUUGAGAGCGCACAAACGUCAGCUCGAGGUCGCCUCCUCGUGGCCAAUGGUGCUACUUCGUAUAAGCAGCGGGAGUUCGAGAAAGCGACAAGAUCAGCAGACGGAACGAUUGAAUGAGUGCCGAGACGAGGUGACCAAAUCCGAGUGAAAAGAGGGAAGACGGCAGAACAGACAGGCAGGAGGGAGGGUUCCAGUCUCCCCUGCCUUCACAGGGAAUGUCGAGCGGUGACUCGUGUUUUAACACCAAUCGAUGGAGAAGAGAAGAGAAGAUCCCAGAGAAGAGAGCACCAGGGCCGCCCUGCUGCCUGGGCCCUGCCGGACCCGCUGCCUCUCCACACAGCAGCUGCCUCUGCUGGACCUCAGGCCUGAGCAGGAGAAUCUCCACUGGAACAGGGCACAUGGACUUCCUUCACCUCGGGUGUUUCCGUGGCAACUGUGUGCUCAGCAAGGCACUUGUUGUCAACAGAAGAUGAACCUCACAUUCGACAGGUUCCACAGGCGCAGUGCAAGAACGCGGGGGAGACUGUAGGCAGAGGAAGCAGUCAUGGCAGGGCUCCAGCAGCUUCUGGGGGCCUGGUCCUCAUGGGUCUGGAAGUCAAGUUCCUGAGAUGAUGAACAGAUCACUGAAACAAGAGUCUAUUGGAUGGAAGAGAUAAAGACAUUCAUCACAGAUGAGGUAAAGUUGGUCUGACACGAUGACUCGGCCUCGCACGCUGACCGUGACCUCGCCAUCUCACGGGAUCCCAGCCAUGAUUGUCUUCACGUCGCCGUCGCUGCGCAGUUGAGGUAUUCCAGCUCUUCAGUCUCUCAACUGGAAGCGGUCAAUACCAGGAGCGCCGCCACGUCACCGUGGCCCCGGCGGACGUCACGUGACAGCUCCGCGGUGCGUCAACCUUCUCGCUGAUGCCGAACAAUCCGCCGCGCUCUCCGCUAGAUCGGCGGCGGCACAGGGCCGGGCUUGCAAAUCCCUCGUCCCUCCGGUGGGAUCCAAAGGCAUCAGUGGUUGUUGAGGUAACCAAGUCGUCGGCAGAGGAUCUCAAAGAUCUCAGCCACGCAGAGCAGGAUGGUGAUGACGGUGAAGGUGUACAUGGCGCUCAGGAAGAUGGUCUUCUCAAAGUGCUCAGGAACCAUACACUUGGUGACAUUGAAGGUGUGUUCAAGGGCGCUGGCGUCACACAUGUAGAGCGGCAGAACCUGCGGAAGAGAGUCCGACUCAUGGGCCUGGCCUGGGCCUGGAAGUGAGCUGAAGGCACUGACCUGGAAGCCAAACAGGUGGCUCUGCAGCCAGAAGGCGAUGACCUCCAGGACAAUGCGCAGCAGGACUGAGAUGAUGUAGAAGACGGUGUAGACAGGCCGCUCCAGGAUCUCCUCCUGAUCGAUGUUCUUACAGGCAGCGUACAGGUGAAAGACGGCGCCAGGCACCAGGACUGUGACUAGCUGCAGGGCCCAGAAGACCUGCGCACACAGGGCGCCGUUCAGGAGAGGCCACGCGGGCCCAGCCAAGCCCAGCAUGAGAGCGGCGCUGACCCACCUGUGGCGUGAUGGGCCGGAACUGGUUGUAGCAGUACAGGUUGAGCUCCCGGCGGUCCGGGUCGCAGCUGAAGUGCAGCGCCUCAUUCCCGUAGACGGCGAAGCCCAGGACUCCCAGGAAGAACAUUCGGACCGAGCCGAAGAACAAAGUGUGAAACUGUCCAAUCACAGUCGGAGGCCUGAGCUGGACACAGACAAGCAAACACGCCGCGUCACAACACGCACGCCGCACCUAUAGAAACACGGCGUGAAUGCGGAAGGUUCGCGUCGCUGGCGGCCGGCGGCUCGGUACUUACGCAGCCUUCAUAGAAGUUUUUGAUGUAGUUUAGAGACAUGGUUCUAGUGCGGCCCUCAUGUUCGCUGUGAGACCCCCGCAGCCGCCCGGGGGUCUCUGACUCCCAAAGCUACUGUCUCUGCAUCUUUGUUCACCUCUGAUCCCCCAGCAGCGCACGGCCCUGGCCAACAAAGACCCGGCUCUGCCCCUAAUCCCCGGACCCGCGCGUCAGCAGAAAGUGGCCCCCCAAUGAAGAGAGGGGCCCCAGACAAAGACAAUCUGAGCCUUCUGUGUCCCGCUUCGACUCAGUGACUCCAGAAGCAGCAAGCGAGAUGUACGAGUCGUGUUUCUACGUCACGACGUCUAUGACUGAUUUCGCAUCAAAGUUGUCGGCGGAGCUUGUGAGGAGUCUGUCAGCCACACUGAAACACACGGGAAGAACAAGAAUGAGACCACACACCCUGCACUGCAAAUACUUCUGGAAGAGCAUUGCCGCUCCCGCUGUUGUCCCAGAACAAAGUCCGGACCACCAGAUCGAGUCCGGACCAGUGAAAAGUUCAACUCAAAUGAAAUCAAGUCCACACACCAACCGUAAUCCUGGCGGCGUGUUGUUCAUCCCCCCCGUUUUUCCUCUCACAGUCCAGAAGUCAUGCGGUCCGGUGCUGCCCGUGCUCACGCCUGUCAAACGCACACUCACGCGUAAGCUCACUUCCGCUCGCCUUCAUAAUAAGACGCACGGCGGCCGGUUUCGCGCUGCCCUCCUGGGUCGCGUCUUCUCGGCUGUGCACAGCGACUCUGCGCCGAACUGAAGCCCAGAUCCCGGUCGUCACUGCGGGACAAAUGAACCAUGCGCUGUCUGCACCUGAGGAACUGUCAGCACUGCACAGGAAGUGCUGUGGCCGACGGGUUGGUGGACCUGUCAAACGCAGCGGCUGCUUUUCAGUCUGCGUAGAACAUUCGGAUCCAAACCCGAACCCUGGAUAUGUGUGAUGGAAUUGUGCGUGCAAUGUCCGCGGGAUCUUAGAUUAGAUUAGACUAGGUCCCGUGUGGCGGCGUGAGAGUUUCGCCUGAUCGGAGUUCCUCAACUGUUUACACGCCACUUGUUGAGUGAAACUUUGUCACAGGUCGUCUUCCUGACACCACGCGCCUCUCGCUCUCCGUCUCUCUCUCUCGCUCUCUCUCUCGCCGUCUUUCAGUCGCUCCUUCUCGCUCCUUGCCACUUCAUCUUCAGCUGCCGCUGACCGCUCGCCUUCUGAUGGAGGACCUGUUGCUCUCGGACAGCACCGGUCCAAACCUGACCGAGACGCCGGGCUGGUGGUCGUCCUCCGAGGAAGGGGCGUCGGCGCACCUCGUGGUGCGCUGCGUCAUGACCUCGCUCUACACCGUCAUCAUCGGCGUUGGGCUUGUGGGCAACGUCACGCUGGUGAAGAUUCUGGCGGGCUGCAGCGCCAUGAGGAGUGGCCCGAACAUCUUCAUCUCCAGCCUGGCGGCUGGUGACCUGCUGCUGCUCCUCACCUGCGUCCCCGUGGACGCCUCCCGCUUCUUCUCCGAGCGCUGGAUGUUCGGUGAGGCAGCGUGCAAGCUCCUGCCCACCAUUCAGCUCACCUCGGUCGGUGUGUCCGUGUUCACGCUCACCGCGCUCAGUGCUGACAGGUACAAGGCCAUUGUCAAGCCCAUGGACAUCCAGGAGUCCGGUGCUGUCCUGCGGACCUGUCUGAAGGCUCUGUCCAUCUGGCUCCUGGCCGUCCUGCUGGCCCUCCCCGAGGCCGUCUUCUCCCAGGUGGUCUCCAUGCCGGCUCCUGAUAGGAACGGGACCUUUGUGGACUGUGUCCCGUACCCACUGACCAACCAGCUGCACCCAAAGAUCCACUCCGUCAUGCUCUUCCUGGUCUACUUCCUGUUGCCUCUGGCCGUCAUCUCCGGUUACUACGUCCACAUCGCCCGCGCCCUGAUCCGCAGCGCCCACGACCUCCCGGGGGAGCUGAGCCAGCACAGCAGGAGGCAGGUGGAGACUCGGAGGCGUCUGGCCAAGAUCGUGCUGGUCUUCGUGGGCUUGUUUGCCGUCUGCUGGUUUCCCACCCACCUUCUCUACAUGUACCGCUCCUUCCACUACCAGCAGGUGGACCUGUCCCUGGCUCACCUGCUGCUCACGCUCUUCGCCCGGGUGCUCAGCUUCUCCUCAUCCUGCGUCAACCCCUUCGCCCUCUACCUGCUGAGCGAGAGCUUCCGCCACCACUUCAACAGCCAGCUGAAAUGUGGUCGGCAGGCACGGCACAAACGCAAGCCCUCGCACAUCCGCCUCACGUCCAUCAGGAAGACCACGCCCACCGUGGUGGCGACCACCGACGGCGGCCGCCAGGAGGGGGCACUGUGACCUGCGUUUUUGGUGGAACCCAGAUGGUCGUGACACCUCCACCAGCAGGGGGCCGACAGGCAAAGAUCCGACGUCUGCACCAAACACGCUGGGGAGGGUCCGGCCCAACCCAAGUUCUACCUGUGACCCGCUUUGUGACCACGUUCUGAAAAGUGCAGUGUGUUGUGAGGACUGUUGUCUGUCCAGCGCUGCAGCCCCCAUGAUGUCACCGCGUCCGAGUCGCCAGUCUG